CAAACAAUUAAUGAGAUAAACGUUAUUAAAUACAUACGGCACUACAUUUGAAUAAAAAAGAACGAGAUAAACAUAAAAGGGUAGCUACAGUUAGACAGUUAACGCACGAUUAACAAUCUAAACGGAAAAUGUCGAGUCUUUGGAUAUUCACACUCCUCGGGUGCUUGUUGUUUAUUUCUGCAACACAAGCUCAAGUAAGCACAAAUGACUGUAAGGUUGAUGGCAAAGUAUAUCGUCCUGGGAGCAUAAGGAAGGUCUACUGCCAGGAAUGCAUUUGUAUAGAAGACAUCGAAAAUGAUGACCACUAUGUGUGGGAAUGUGAAGGUCUGGAUUGUCUCAUCAGGGCCUCGAUCAUAAACCAUGUGAAUGAGGGCAAUAAAGGGUGGAAAGCUGGUAGCUAUUCCUUUCUACAGGAUAAAAGCUUGACAUUCGGAAUGAAGUACAAAUUGGGGACACUAUUGCCAUCAAGUGAUGCAAUACCCAUAAGGCAAAGCCGGGUGAGCGCAGACAAAACCUUCCCAAGGAAAUAUGACUUGCGCAAGGAAUCGAAGGGGCAUGUGUCUAAAAUCCGAGACCAAGGGGAUUGUGCCUCAUCCUGGGCAAUUAGUACAACUGAUGUUACCUCGGAUCGGCUUAAAAUGAAAAUGACUAGCGGAAUCAAGGUAGAUUUCUCCCCACAACAACUUAUCUCUUGCAUUGGGGACAAGCAACUUGGAUGUACAGGGGGACACUUGGAUAGCGCAUGGGAGUACAUGAGAUUACAAGGAGUUGCAGAUGAAGAAUGCUACCCUUAUACCAGUGGCUUAUACAGCUCUAAGAAAACAUGCCAAGUAGAAAGAUCAUCAUCAAGAUCUAAGAAUGGUGUAUGUUCCAAGAAAAACAAAAUCUACAAAAUGGAUAAACCAUACAGAAUGCCUAACAAUGAAAAGGAAAUAAUGGAGGAGAUCCUCACCAAUGGUCCUGUCCAAGCCACCUUUGUUGUGCACGAAGAUUUCUUUAUGUACAAAAGCGGUAUAUAUAGACAUUCUGUUGCAGCAGAUGAUAUCGGGUUAAGUGGCUACCACUCUGUCAGAAUAGUGGGAUGGGGCUCUGAAUGCAGUUCUCAAGGGGACACAAAAUAUUGGAUUGUUGCCAACUCCUGGGGAAAACAAUGGGGAGAACAGGGAUAUUUUCGAAUCCAGAAAGGCGUGAACGAAUGUGAAAUUGAGUCAUACGUGGUUGGUGUAACAGUCAGGCCAAGUGUUGUCAAGAGGAAGCUCCAUUCUGUUGUUAUAGAAGAUCUAACAGUGACCAGUCUGGGGAAUAUAGUUGCAAUGGGUCGGUCUACAACAAAGAUCUACAACAGCAGUACAUUCCAGAUGAUCAAAGAAAUAAACAAGGGGUUCUUACGUGUUACAAAAACCACAGAUGGCCAGCUGGCAUUUACAACCUACCCCUACAGCAACAAAAUCCACAUAUAUAGUGAGGAUGGGUCGCCCAUUCGUACCAUCACCUGUGCAGCACCUGCAAGUAAGCUAAAAGCUAUAGCCUCACUGCCAGCAGGUUGGUUCAUAGUGACUGAUAUAAUAACCAAAGGAGUGUAUAUGGUGGAUUCAGCAAAUGGGAACGUCACACUGAUCUCUCCAUCUGGUAUGUUCAGUCCCCGGUUCAGUCGCCCUUGGAAUGUGGCAGUUGGCAUCAACAGUGAGAUCAUCGUAAGUGACUGGGGUGGUAAUUUCAUCAAAGUGAUCAACAGAGACGGCCAUGAAAUCCUCCAUUAUGGAGAGAGAGGCUGGGAAGAGGGACAACUGAAAGGUCCCUGGGGUGUCUGCACAGAUAGCAAUGGAUUUAUUAUUGUAGCAGACUCAGGAAACAACAGGUGGGGGAUGAAAAAGGCCAGCUGUUCAUUGUCAACUACUGAGACUAAGUCUAGCUCCCUGAAAGUGAACAGAAUAAUCAACAACAACAACAUCAGCAUGGACAUUAACAACAAUUACAUCAACAAUAAACAAGACAACAACAAUUACACAACAGUAAACAAUACAACAACAAUUACAACAACACAGAUAAUUAACACAGAUCAUGCCAAAGAAUCAAAGAGUUAA